AUGGACGAUGAAAUGAUGAACGAUGAGGUCGACCAGUUCAUGGAAGGUAGGAACAAGAUUAAGCUCGUCGAUGACGAGAACGACGACGAUGACGGAGAGGAGGACGUCGAUGUUAUCGGGCUGGAUGACGAAGAAGAUGAUGACGACGACGAUGACGACGAGGGGAACCAUGUUGCUACACGAGAUGUCUUCAGUGAUGAAGAUGAAGACAGGAAGGACGAUGAGCAGACAUGGUGGGGUAAGAAAAAGAGUGAGUAUUACGAUGCCGACAUGGUGGAGGAUUCGGAGGAGGAGGAGGCAGAAGAGAAAGAAGCUGAGAAAAUCCGAGCAAAACGAAGCACGGCACUACAGCAGGAUGACUUUGGGGACGAGGAAGUUGUGUCGAGCGAUGAAGACGAUACCUUGGGAGCUAUGGCUGAUGAAAAGCUAACAACCAAGAAGGCAGGAAAGAAGAAAGAAAGCAAGAAGAAAGCAGGAAAGAAUCUUGGAUAUGAUGGAACAUUACUCGAUCAAUUCAACAAGGAAAUGCAAGCCCUCGAUGGCAUCACUGUUGAGAAGAUCGAGCGAGAUCUGGCGGAUCUUUCAGAGAAGGAGAAGAGGGAGUUGCUUGAGAACGAUGCACCUGAGCUGUUGGGGCUGAUCUCAGACUUCAAGAAGUUCAUGCAGGAGAUGCAGAACAAGCUGAUCCCCGUCAAGUUGAAGCUGGUGGCUCAAGGAGCGAAGAACUCGCCAGGCUUCACCUACGUUGACUCCAGACUCCGGGUGCUGCUAGGGUACUGCAAUUGUGUAUCCUUCUACCUCCUCCUCAAGUCCGAGGGCUCCCCGGUCAAGAACCAUCCUGUAAUCGACAAGCUUGUUGAGUUCCGGUCGCUCCUAGAGAAAAUGAAGCCGCUGGAUGCAAAACUGAGUGAGGAGAUGGACCUCCUCCUCGCCAUGUCGGAUGCAGAGGAGGAGGAGGAGGAGGAGGAGGAGGAGGAGGAUGAAGGGGAAGAAGAUGAGGACAACGACGAGGACCUUAUGAUGGACGAGGAAGACGAGGAGGAGAGAGCUCCAAAGAGCAAGAAGAAGUCAAAGAAGAGCGACAAGAAGCAGGGGAAGAAUGCGAGGAUCUCUCAGGAUGGUGCAGAGCGCGAGGAGUUUCAGGAUGAAAACGAGUUUGACAACGCCUCUUCAUCAACAGCAAGAUUGACGGGAAGAGAGAAACUGGUGAAGGCCAGUAAGAGCCAUCAAGAUGGGAGGAAGGAGAAGAGGAGCAACACAGGACGAAUGGAAUCAUUUGAUGAUGUUGGAGAUGUCGACGAGACGAUUGACACGUCCGCGGACCAGCGGGCAGUGCAGGUGCUCAAGAAGAGAGCUCUGAGCGAGUACUUGGACACUCGGGAGCAGGCGAGGAAGGCAAAGAAGUCAGGGCAAGCCGAGUCCGGGGAGAGGGAUGUCCCAGUGAAGGACCGCAGGAAGAUCAUCCAACAGGUGGAAAACAGGAAGCUCAAGUUGUCAUCGCAGCGCACAGACGACGACACGAAGCGGCAGAAGGGCAGCAACGAUUCCGACGACGACGAUUAUUACAUGGCCGUCAAGGCCUCCAAGGAAAAGUCCAAGGAGGAGAAGACGCGGAAGGUCGUCAAGGAGGCCACGUACCGUGAGGAGGAGAAGGUUGAAGUCGGUUCGAAGCGACAGGCAGGCCGAGUCAUCACUGCCAACCGCGGGCUCGUCCCACAUCGCUCGAAGCUCAAGAAGAACCCCAGGGUCAAGCACCGAAGAAAGUUCGAGAAGUCCAAGACGAAGGAGCGCACGUCCUUCUACGGGAAGCAGGAGAGGAGCGACAGGGCAGCAUACGGGGGGGAGACGACCGGCAUCAAGUCAAACAUCAGCCGCAGCCGCAAGUUGUAG